CUCGGAGGGAGCCGGGGGGGGAGGCUCGGAGCACGCCCGGGCUGGGCGGCGGGCGGAUGCUGGGGAGGGCGGCCGGGAGCCGGCGCUCGCCGCCGCCGCCGCACUCGGGCAGAGGCUGCGGAGGCUCCGGAGGCUGCCGAGGCACCGGAGGCUGAGCACAACCGCGCCGCACCCGGGGAGGCUGCGGGGCUGAAGGAGGACGAGCAGCGGCGGAGGCGGGCGCCCGGCCCUGGAUUUGCACCGUGGAGGGGGCCGGGGCCGUGCGGCUCUGCCCGCCGUGAGCCGGGGAGCCCCGCGAGGAGGGCGGCAGCGGAGCCGCGAGGUCUGAACCAUGUGAGGGACGUUGCUGGGGCACAGGACACGCGCGGGGAGCACGAGCUUUGCCUUUCCCAGGAUGGAUCAGAGGAAGAUCUGGCCUCGGGUACCGGACUCCGAUGGCUGGUCGGUGGCUUUGCUCUGUCUCUUCCUGGCGUCGCUGUCCCGAAACGCGUCCGGCAGCGCCUUGUUCAGCACUUUCCACUCGGAGAACCGGGACUGGACUUUCAACCACCUGACCGUGCACCAAGGCACCGGAGCCGUCUACGUGGGAGCUAUCAACAGGGUUUACAAGCUGUCGGGUAACCUGACCAUUUUGGUGGCGCACAAAACCGGCCCCGAGGAGGACAACAAAUCCUGCUACCCGCCCCUCAUCGUGCAGCCAUGCAGCGAGAUCCUGACGCUCACCAACAACGUCAACAAGCUGCUGAUCAUCGACUACUCCGAGAACCGGCUGCUGGCCUGCGGCAGCCUCUACCAGGGGGUCUGCAAGCUGCUGCGCCUGGACGACCUCUUCAUCCUGGUGGAGCCCUCGCACAAGAAGGAGCACUACCUCUCCAGCGUCAACAAGACGGGCACCAUGUACGGCGUGAUCGUGCGCUCGGAGGGCGAGGACGGGAAGCUCUUCAUCGGCACGGCGGUGGACGGGAAGCAGGAUUAUUUCCCCACCCUCUCCAGCCGAAAGCUUCCCCGGGACCCGGAGUCGUCAGCGAUGUUGGAUUAUGAGCUCCACAGUGACUUUGUCUCGUCCCUCAUUAAAAUCCCCUCAGACACCUUGGCCCUCGUGUCGCACUUUGACAUCUUCUACAUCUACGGCUUCGCCAGUGGCAAUUUUGUGUAUUUUUUGACUGUCCAGCCAGAGACCCCAGAGGGUGUCUCCAUCAACUCUGCCAGCGACCUCUUUUACACGUCUCGCAUCGUCCGCCUCUGCAAGGACGACCCCAAAUUCCACUCCUACGUCUCCCUGCCCUUCGGCUGUGUCAAGGGGGACACGGAGUACCGCCUGCUGCAGGCUGCCUACCUUUCGAAGCCGGGAGACGUGCUGGCCAGGGCCCUCAACAUCACGGCCCAGGAGGACGUCCUCUUUGCCAUUUUCUCCAAGGGACAGAAGCAGUACCAUCAGCCACCGGACGACUCCGCACUCUGCGUCUUCCCCAUCCGCACCAUCAACGCCCAGAUCAAGGACCGCCUGCAGUCCUGCUACCAGGGCGAGGGCAACCUGGAGCUCAACUGGCUGCUGGGCAAGGACGUCCAGUGCACCAAAGCGCCCGUUCCGAUCGACGACAAUUUCUGUGGGCUCGACAUCAACCAGCCCCUGGGCGGCUCGGUGCCGGUGGACGGGGUGACGCUCUUCACCUCCAGCCGGGACCGGAUGACUUCUGUGGCUUCGUACGUCUACAACGGCUACAGCGUGGUGUUUGUGGGGACUAAAAACGGCAAGCUGAAGAAGAUCCGAGCAGAUGGUCCUCCCCACGGUGGAAUUCAGUACGAGAUGGUGACAGUGUUCAAGGACGGGAGCCCAGUGCUGCGAGACAUGGCCUUCUCCGUCGACCACAAGUACCUCUACGUCAUGUCGGAGCGGCAGGUGUCCCGGGUGCCCGUGGAGUCCUGCGAGCAGUACACGACCUGCGGGGAGUGCCUGAGCUCGGGAGACCCCCACUGCGGCUGGUGCACGCUCCACCACAUGUGCUCCCCGCGGGACAGCUGCGAGCGAGCCGCCGAGCCGUACCGCUUUGCCGACAGCAUCGGGCAGUGCAUGAGCAUCACCGUGCAGCCCAGCAGCAUCUCCGUGUCCCAGCACAGCCUCCCGCUCAGCCUGCUGGUGAGCGAUGCUCCGGACCUGGCCGCCGGGGUCACCUGCCUCUUUGGGAACCUGACGGAGGUGGAGGGGCAGGUUUCGGGCAGCCGCGUGGUGUGCGUGUCACCAGCAGCCAAGGACGUUCCUGCCAUACCCGUGGAUCAAGACUGGUUCGGCGUGGUGCUGCAGCUGAAGUCACGGGAGACGGGCCGGACAUUCGUCAGCACCGAGUUCAAGUUCUACAACUGCAGCGCCCACCAGCUGUGCCUGUCUUGUGUGAACAGUGCUUUCCGCUGCCACUGGUGCAAGUACCGCAACCUGUGCACCCACGACCCCACCACCUGCUCCUUCCAGGAGGGCCGGAUCAACGUCUCUGAGGACUGCCCCCAGCUCUUCCCCACGGAGGAGAUCCUGAUCCCGGUGGGAGAGGUGAAGCCCAUCACGCUGAAAGCCAGAAACCUGCCCCAGCCCCAGUCCGGGCAGCGCGGCUACGAGUGCGUGCUGAGCAUCCAGGGCGUCAUCCACCGCGUGCCCGCCCUGCGCUUCAACAGCUCCAGCGUGCAGUGCCAGAACAGCUCGUACCUCUAUGACGGGAUGGACAUAAGCAACUUGGCCGUGGACUUUGCUGUGGUGUGGAACGGGAACUUUGUCAUCGACAACCCCGAGGACCUGAAAGUGCACCUGUACAAGUGCGCGGCGCAGCGCGAGAGCUGCGGGCUCUGCCUCAAAGCCGACCCCAAGUUCGAGUGCGGGUGGUGCAGCGGGGAGGCCAAGUGCACGCUGCGGCCCCACUGCAGCCCCCCGGCCGCCCAGCCCUGGCUCGACUGGUCCAGUAGGAACGUCAAGUGCUCCAACCCGCGCAUCACCGAGAUCCUGACGGUGUCGGGCCCCCCGGAGGGAGGCACCAGGGUGACCAUCCGCGGCGUGAACCUGGGCCUGGACUUCUCGGAGAUCGCCCACGGCGUGCAGGUGGCCGGGGUGCCGUGCGCGCCGCUGCCGGAGCAGUACGUCGUCGCCGAACAGAUCGUCUGUGAAAUGGGGCAGGCGCUUCCAGGGAUCAGCUCCGGCCCAGUGCUCCUGUGCAUCGGAGAGUGCAAGCCCGAGUUCACGGCCAGGUCUGCGCAGCAGUACUCCUUCGUGACGCCGGCCGUGAGCUUCCUGACACCCAGCCGUGGCCCUGAGUCGGGCGGGACGCUGGUCACCAUCGCCGGGCACCACCUGGGCGCCGGCAGCCGCGUCUCCGUGCUGCUGGGGAACCAGAGCUGCACCUUCCAAGGGAGGUCCACGAACGAGAUUGUGUGCAUGUCGGCCCCGUCAGCCCACGGCCUGGGGCCCGUCCACGUCUCCGUGAGCGUGGACCGGGCCCAGCUGGAGCAGACCUUGCUGUUCGAGUACAUCGACGACCCCAAGGUGCAGCACAUCGAACCCGAGUGGAGCAUCGCCAGCGGGCACACGCCCCUGACCGUCACCGGCUCCAACCUGGACGUCAUCCAGGAGCCGCGGAUCCGCGUCAAGCACAACGGCAAGGAGUCCGUCAAUGUCUGCAAGGCGGUGAAUGCCACGGCGCUGGCCUGCCUCGCACCCGCCCUGGCCCCCGAGCACCGACCCGGCCUGGAUGCCGUCGAGCGGCCCGAUGAGUUCGGCUUCAUCUUUAACAACGUGCAGUCCCUGCUGGUCUACAACGACACCAAGUUCAUCUACUACCCCAACCCCACGUUUGAGCUCCUGAGCCCCACCGGGGUGCUGGAGCAGAAGCCGGGGUCACCCAUCAUCCUGAAGGGCAAAAACCUGUGCCCGCCCGCUCCUGGGGGAGCCAAGCUCAACUACACCGUGCUGAUCGGAGAGACGCCCUGUGCCGUCACCGUGUCCGAGACCCAGCUGCUGUGCGAGCCUCCCAACCUCACCGGACAGCACAAAGUGACGGUGCGUGUUGGUGGCAUCGUCUUCUCCCCUGGCUCGGUGAGCAUCAGCUCCGACAGCCUCCUCACCCUGCCGGCCAUCGUCAGCAUCGCGGCCGGCGGCAGCCUGCUCCUCAUCAUCGUCAUCAUCGUGCUCAUCGCCUACAAGCGCAAGUCCCGGGAGAACGACCUGACCCUCAAGAGGCUGCAGAUGCAGAUGGACAAUCUGGAGUCCCGCGUGGCCCUGGAGUGCAAGGAGGCCUUUGCAGAGCUGCAGACAGACAUCAACGAGCUCACCAGCGACCUGGAUCGCUCCGGCAUCCCCUACCUGGACUAUCGGACGUAUGCCAUGCGGGUCCUUUUCCCUGGCAUCGAGGACCAUCCCGUCCUGCGGGAGCUGGAGGUCCAAGGGAAUGGGCAGCAGAGCGUGGAGAAGGCGCUGAAGCUCUUUGCCCAGCUGAUCAACAACAAAGUCUUCCUGCUCACCUUCAUCCGGACGCUGGAGCUGCAGCGCAGCUUCUCCAUGCGCGACCGCGGCAACGUGGCCUCGCUCAUCAUGACGGGGCUGCAGGGCAGGCUGGAGUACGCCACCGACGUGCUGAAGCAGCUCCUCUCCGACCUCAUUGAGAAGAACCUGGAGAACAAGAACCACCCCAAGCUGCUGCUGCGCAGGACAGAGUCGGUGGCCGAGAAGAUGCUGACGAAUUGGUUCGCCUUCCUCCUGCACAAGUUCCUCAAGGAGUGUGCCGGGGAGCCGCUCUUCAUGCUCUACUGUGCCAUCAAGCAGCAGAUGGAGAAGGGCCCGAUUGACGCCAUCACGGGCGAGGCCCGCUACUCCCUCAGUGAGGACAAGCUGAUCCGGCAGCAAAUCGAGUACAAGACUCUGAUCCUGAACUGCGUGAACCCAGACAACGAGAACAGCCCAGAGAUCCCGGUGAAGGUGCUGAACUGUGAUACCAUCACUCAGGUCAAAGAGAAGAUCCUCGAUGCUGUGUACAAGAAUGUCCCCUACUCCCAGAGACCGAGAGCUGUUGACAUGGACUUGGAGUGGCGGCAGGGCCGGAUCGCGCGGGUGGUCCUGCAGGAUGAAGACAUCACCACCAAGAUUGAAGGAGACUGGAAGCGCCUGAACACCCUGAUGCAUUAUCAGGUAUCGGACCGCUCGGUCGUGGCUCUUGUUCCCAAGCAGACCUCCUCGUACAACAUUCCUGCCUCUGCCAGUAUAUCCCGCACGUCCAUCAGCAGAUACGACUCCACCUUCAGGUACACCGGCAGCCCCGACAGCCUGCGCUCCCGGGCCCCCAUGAUCACCCCGGACCUGGAGAGCGGCGUCAAAGUCUGGCACUUGGUCAAAAACCACGACCACGGAGACCAGAAGGAAGGGGACCGGGGCAGCAAGAUGGUGUCUGAGAUCUACCUGACCAGGCUACUGGCCACUAAGGGUACGCUGCAGAAGUUUGUGGACGACUUGUUUGAGACGCUGUUCAGCACCGUGCACCGCGGCAGCGCGCUCCCGCUGGCCAUCAAGUACAUGUUUGAUUUCCUGGAUGAGCAGGCAGAUAAGCACGGCAUCCACGACACGGACGUGCGGCACACCUGGAAGAGCAACUGCCUCCCUCUGCGGUUCUGGGUGAACGUCAUCAAAAACCCCCAGUUCGUGUUUGACAUCCACAAGGGCAGCAUCACGGACGCCUGCCUCUCCGUCGUGGCUCAGACCUUCAUGGACUCCUGCUCCACCUCCGAGCACCGCCUGGGCAAGGACUCCCCCUCCAACAAGCUGCUGUACGCCAAGGACAUCCCCAGCUACAAGAGCUGGGUGGAGAGGUAUUACGCAGACAUCGCCAAGCUGCCGGCCAUCAGCGACCAGGACAUGAACGCCUACCUCGCCGAGCAGUCGCGCCUGCACUCGGCUGAGUUCAACAUGCUGAGCGCGCUCAACGAGAUCUACUCCUACGUCAGCAAGUACAGCGAGGAGCUCAUUGGAGCUUUGGAACAGGAUGAGCAGGCACGUAGGCAGCGUCUGGCAUACAAAGUAGAGCAACUUAUCGGUGCCAUGUCUAUUGAGAGCUGAAGAAACGCUGCGAUGCUCACAGACAGCAAGGGGCAAGAGUACUGCACGGACGCUCGGGGCUCAAGAGGGAGAACAAGCAAGAAAGGCACACGUAAAUACCAAGGCUCAUCCAGAGAGAGCAGAGACUGGCCCAAGGACUGACUGCAUUCAAAAUCACGUAGGAUCCGGUUCGAAAAGGCAGGAAGAUAUCAAAAAGACAAAGCAUCUCAAUCAAAGUCCAAUCAAGACGGAUUAUUUUUUUCCAUUAUUCAUGGAAAGAAGGAACCUGGAAAGUCUGGACGUCUCCAUGACUGCUGCUUUGCAUGAGAAUCAUUUGAUGUAUAUUAGGAGAUAAAACUUUAUUUAAUUUUUUUUUUUUUAGAAAAUAAAGAGAAAAAUAAUGAAGAAAAAGAAGAAAAAAAAAGGAAAAAGGAACAGGGGAAAAACCACAGAGGCCACAGAGAUUAUCCUGGCAGCAAGGUUCAGUCCUGAAUCCUGUCCUCAGCCCGACCCCCGAGGAUGAGGCACAGGCGUUCUGCAGAUGGACUCUUACACCAAUCGGAAAGUCUGGAAAACUGAAAUCUUCUUCUUUUUGGGAUCUUAUAAAAAAAAAAAUAGAGCACAAGUUUGCACCACACCUUUCUACACAAGUGAAAUAACAAUUUAGCCAGAAACGGUUCAGCGGCUGAGUAACCUAUAGGCACUAGAAGGAACUUUACAUGGAUUUAAAAUCUACCCAAUCAUCCAACCUGUCUUGAAAUCCAGCUUUAUCUAUGUAUUUAUAUAGUGUCAAUAUAUAUAUAUAUAUUUUUUAAAUCCCAUUUGCUGUUGAAUGAGGAGGGACGUGCUGUAAGUGCUUUCCCCUUCCCCAUCCCCGGUGCAGCGGUGCUCCGGCAGCGAGGCAGGGUCGGGGCUGCCUGCACUGCCUGGUGGCAGCCGCCCCGACUUCUUGCAGUAAAAACAACCACGAACCCGAUGUUUACAGUGAGCGAUACUUGAAGAGGCGAGAGGCAGCGAGGUGACGUGUUUAUUGUUCUCCUCUUCGACUCGCAGAGCAGCGCAGGCUCUGGCCGAGUUCCUCGGUCUCAGCGCACGCGACGUCGCCCGCGGGCCAGGACUUUCAUUUCCAUGAGAGAGGGGAAAGAAAUCUUUGCUCUAGGCAAGGGAAAACCAUAACCAGCACUGCAAGUGCCAGCUAGCGCUGCUGUCUGUGUGUCUGUCCGAGCGUCUCGUUGUUACCUUCAGUUCCUAGCUGGCCUGCUGGCACGUGUUCUUGUGGCCAGUGACAGGCAGAUGUCUGAGUGUUAUUUCUUUCAAAGACACCAAAGCUUAUGUGUCCCUUUGUAGAGUGCCAGGAGGGGAAGGAACGCUGUAAAUAUUUCUCUCUGUAAUAAAUAUUGAUGUUUGCGAAGGCUGCAGCAGGGAGGACAGGGCCGUUAGACCCGAUGGAGGUGGAGGCAUUGACCGUGGGAGCUGGGCAGAGGCAGCAAAGCUGCUCCUGGGCUCCGCUCAGCACCGGGACCAUCGCUCCUGGUUGCCAGCGGGGUGAAUAUUGGGGUUGUGAGGGGAUGGGAACUCAGUGCCGGAGGAGCAGGACCUCCUGGCCAGUCCCAGCCCAGACCUCAGUCUGCAGCCCAUGUGUAUGAAGGAAAACCAAUUUUUUAAGUGUCCCUCCUUCCCCACGGCUGCUCGAGGAGCCGGGAGGACACCGGGAGCGUGGUCCCAAGAGGAGGCAGCACGGUGAAGAGCAUCGAGAUGUCUCAGGAAACUUGCUGUUGCAAUUACCUUUCACUGAAAGCCAUGCCAAGCCCACUUUUUUUUCAUGGUAAUCCACUUUUGUGGGCCCUAUCACCAGUGUGGGAGCAGUACUAAGGAUCAGCCUCGUGCAAUAAGCUCCCAGCAUUUCCAGCAGCCUGAGCUGUGUGACCGGGGGGCUGUGGUGUACUGAGACAGGGAGAGAGCUGGCACAGACCAUAGGAGACAAAGCAGGCUGAGCAUGCCUGUCACAGGGAGAAUUCCCUUCCAGGGAUCCCUCCGCUGCACAGGGAACCCAGCUCCAGAGGCAGAAAAGGAGGAAAAGCCCAGGUUGUCCCAGCCCGCACACACCGUCAUUGUGGAGCUGCUGCUAUUAGGAAAUCCUCCGGGAGGUCUGAAUUUUUCACAGGUUUCUGUUACUGACAGAGAUCCGGCACAAGGUUUCCAUGGGUGAUUUAACAGAAAUAUAUGAUAGAUACUCUAGUUGUGGUCCUUGUUUUGAGUAUUCAUAUUCAGGUUGUUCACCAAAUUUUCAUGGUACUCCGAAACCCAAAGAGAGCACUCAAAAUGGUUUCCAAACACUUCUGCUGAUCUGAGUAGUUAUUUCCAUGGGACCCACAAAAUAUGAAUGCUGCCCAAAGCAACGACCUGCUCGAGGUGCUGGGGGGCACACCUGGGGUUGUGCUGGAAGGUGAAGGUGAGGGGGAAAAGUAAAAGGAACUGCAGAGCCCGGAGGGGCUGAUACAUGAGCAAGGAUCAAAAGAAUCAACCGUGGCCGAGCUGGCUAAAAAGAGCUCUGUAUUCCGUGAAUACACGUGAGUGCCAAGGGGGGAGGUGGACAAUUAAGUUUAUUUUCUGUGUUGCUGAAGGAAGUUAAGCAGAGGAGGAAAGGGAAACAACAGGAGCACUUUGCAGAACAGUAGGUGAUUGAGUUUUGACUGGCUUCCAAGGGAAGCAGCAGAAACGUCUCUUCUUCCAUCAUCCAAAAAGGCUCAGAAGGACGGCGCAGGGAACGGCACGGGGCUGACUUGAAGGGGUGGCCCAUAAAUAAUCUACCAAGCAUCUACUUGUGGUGGUUGACAUGAAUUAUGGAUCCUUACAGGCAAUUACAUGGAAUGAAGCAACAUAUCCCCGUGGGGCAAAGCGCUUGUGAUCCAUUGCCCUGCUUGCAGCUGGCUUUCCCGUUGCCCCUUUGGGAGGAGGGAGCUCAAAGCCCAGGACAGCAUUUUUGCCACACUUGCAGCAAACUGGACUCGAGCUUUGGUCAGGAGGGGGCAAUGACUUUGCCUUAGAUGAAAUGAUUUCACCUCCCUCUCCUUGCCCCCUUCCUCCUGCAAGGCCGAUGGGUGUUGCGAUUCCCCAGCUCCCUUCGUUUCAGGUAUUUUGACAUCAAAGUGGGAGACGUCACUUUCUGGAAUCUCUCUGUCUGGUGUCACUGCUUAAAUAAUUCCAUUUAAUCUUCUGCUCAUAAGCUAUCAAAGCACCCACUCCAAGGGGGAGCAAGGUGCUAAUCAAACGCUUCUCCACCUUGAAAGCCUUUAUUAAAAACCCACAUACACGAGUCUAACUUCUAGGCAAGCUUGUCUCUGCAUGAGCCCCACUGUGGAGCACCACGACACCGCAGCCACCGACGUACAGAGGACGCGGACACCAAGUGGCUCGUGCUUUGCCAUAAAGGAUGAGUUCGUGUUUAAAGGAGAGAGAAGCACGGAGAGGCUCUGCCAGCUCCAGCCUGGACUGGUCCAGAGUCUCACGAAGACCUGCGGGAGCCAGUGCUGAGGAGCAGGGUGGAUGCGGAGCGUGGCCGUGCCCUCCUGUGCUCGUGGUGCUGGGACACCCGGGGGUGGCCACAGAGACCUUCAUCACAGCAGUGCCUUCAACACACUGUCUUAAAAUCCUACCGGCCCGCCCCCACCCAGGCUGACUGCCCUACCUUUAAACAGACUUCACCAAAAAUGUCACGAUAUACCGACGCUUCGGUUGGAGGACUAAAGCAAGAGGACUUAACGCUCCCGGGUUGUGUUCCUGUGUGAUGCUGGCUCUGAGCACCUCGGUGCAAGUCCCUUGUGCCUGUGCCCGAAGGCUUGGAGCAGCAUCUCCUUCCUCCCGUGGCCAGACGGACGGACGAGGUCUGGCUUCCAGCAGUGGUGGGCAGGCAGCAGGGUCGAGGAGCACCUCGGGCAGCGUGGGAUGCUCCUGGGCCUCUCCCAGCAGCAUCCCGGCCACGUCCCCACCUGCUGCUGGCUCCUCUCCACCCCAUUCCUAGCGCUGUCACAGCUCACCUGCCACGGGGACUCCGCUCACCAGCCUGAAGGAGACGCAAGGAGCCUGACGUGAGCGAGCUGAGACAUCAGGGCAAAGUCGGGAGCGACUGUACCCUGGUGAGAAGGAAAAAAACAUUCAGCAAAGGCUAAAUAGCUGACAUCAAAGGCAAAUCACGAUGCCACAAAGCUUCAGCCAUCCUGUGUCAGAAUUGCAUUUGUACCAUAAACCGCAAGCCAAUAACGCAGGGAACUGCGACCUUGUAUAUAGUUGCGUGCUAGGUAGAGCUCGGUGAGCCCGUCCGGUCUGUGUCGUGAACGUGUCUUUGGUGAAACCCCCCCGGUCACCCCCAGCUCCUCCCAGCCUUUGCCCGAGGCCCCCAGGAGCAGCAGGUUGGGGGCCGGAGGCAAAGCUCUGCCGACAGCUUCCAGGCCACCCAGCACCCGCAUGGACAGGACGCUUUUUUUUAUUUAAUUAGACAUUCAGUGGGGAUAAUCAUCAGAGUAAAAGAUGCCGGUGUGCACUGCAAAGAAGAUGCUGCUCAGGAUCUGCUGGGCUGAGCAACCCUGAAUGCGUGGUUUAACUGUCGGUCGGUCAGAUUGGUUUUAUGGGGGAACAGGAGGGAUGUCCUUGACCCGAUGUUCUCCUCCGGGAAGGCUCUGCUGGAAGCACGUGGAUGUGCCUGGUGCUCAUGUUCUGGGUGGGAAGGGCGAUGCUGCAGCUGCGGAGCUGCAUUGGGAUGGGGAUGUGGGGUCAGCAGCCCUUGGGGGCAGCCUGGUGGCACGGGGUGACACGGGGUGACAGGGGUGGCAGGGACCGGUGUCUGCAGGUGCUGUGGUUGCACCAGGAGCAGCCCAGGCGGCUCGGCUCUAACACAGCAGAAGGGUUGUGGCCGUGCUCUGUGUGCUCGUUCUUUCCUGUCCCCGUGUGCCCUCGUGUUAUCCCCUUCUUCCUUUCUGAAAGUGGAAUAUGAGUGACAACGUGAAUGUCCCUGCAGUAAGAACGUGCUCAGAAGAUCUGCAGGGACCGUCGGUCUCACGGACAGUACCCCAAAACUCUCUGGGCCUCCUGAGGCUGCCAACUCCAACACCAAAUCUCCUUCAUGGCCUUUCCUUUGGGAUUUUUAAUGCCUCCAUUUGGAACAAGCUUGGAAGUUUGCGCAGCAGCUCCUGCAUCAGAGAUCUCCACCUCGCCACGGGACAGCAGAGAGGUGCCUGGAAGAGGAGCUGGGGAACGACCGAGUGCUCGGCUGGCUUCUGGCUGUGCUCUGUGGCUUCCUCGCUGCAGGAGGGGCUGCAGCAAAACGUCCCUCGCGUGCCGAUGAGUUUGUGCUGCCGGCACCUCGGGGCUGGUGCGAGAGGUGGUGGGAAGCAGCAAGCGGGAGGGAAAACAGGUACUAAAACUUUGGGAUAUCCCCCAAAAGGAGGCCCCGUGGUGUCACAGAAUGUAGAGGUAUCGGUCGUGCAACAGAUUCUUAUUUUUUCUGCCCCACUCCUUAAAAUUAAUAACGCCACUUCUAGGGGUUGUGUAUUGGCAGGAAUAACAAAUGGAUUCGUACCCGUACCCAUUCACCCUAUUGUUCUCUGGCUCCUCCCCUCCCCAUUAUACUUGACACACUGGAGUUCUGUAUUAUAUUUUUUUUAAGAUGAUUGUCUGUUUUUUUUGUUGUUGUUUUUACAAGUGUUGUGGAAAAAAAAAAUGUAAGAAAGUUUAAGUAUUUAAAAAUGUUCCAAGGAAAAAGGGGGUUUUGUUAUUAUUCUAAUAUAUUAUUGUGUACCUAUUGUAAAUAUGAAACACUCCUAUUUUGCAAGCCAAGGACUCACUUUGUACUGUUGUUAUAUAUAAAUAAAGUUUACUGGUUAAAAAAA